GACGACGCGUGUCUGUCUGUUGCAGAGAACCUCGCGCCCUCCGAGCUGAAGAAGCUUCGCAACAAGCAACGGAAGGCCCGGCGGAAGGCGGAGCUGGAGCGACAGGAAAAGGCCGAGAAGGCCGAGAAGCAGCAGCAGCGGAAGGCGCCCGGCGAGGAGCCCGACGCACCCCACCAGGACGAGCUUAUCCCCGACAAGCUUGCGCGGGCCGAAGAUCCCCUGGAUCAAGCCAUUAAAUUUCUCAAGCCCCUUCAGGAUUUGGCAUCGAAGAACAUCGAAACCCACCUCAUGGCAUUCGAAAUUUACUAUAGAAAAGGAAAGCUACUGCUAAUGCUGCAGUCUAUUAAACGAGCUUACCGCCUUGAGCCUGGAAACAGUGAUCUGCACACAUGCCUCGUUCGCUUUGUAGAACUUGUCUCAGCAAAGCUUGACACUUUGGAUGCUCCUGUUACUGAUGUCAUCAAGCAGGCCAUAGAACCUAUCACACUAGGACGCUCUGCAAAGCAAAUGAAUGAAGAUUUUCUAAAGAUGAAUGGAAAUUCUUUGCCAGCCCUACUUCAAGGUGCACGUAUGAUGUACUUCUUAGAGAAAAAUAGGCAGGAGGAAGCCAUUCAAUUGGCUACAAAACUUCAGGAUGUAACUGGGAUCAAUAUUAAGAAUUGUUCUAGAGUUCUUCAAGCUCUUCAGGCUGGUGACUUUGGUUCAUGUCCACAACGCAUAGAAGAAUAUAAGGAAAGCUCCCACAAGCUUCUGAAGUAUGCCGAAGUAUUCCGACCUCCACCGCCACCCCUUCAGCAAGAAAUCGACCCUAGUGAAAAUACUUCUUUGGAAAUACCUGUACCAGAGCUAAGUCACUGACAAAUUUACUCUGCCCGUCUGUAAUUGUGUCAUCAAGUGGAAUGGCUUCCAAGGACAUUACGUAAUAUUUGUUGCUGGCAUAUUUUUUCAUGUUUGUGUUUGAGUUUAGCUGCUCAUCUAAACAUGGGCUAAAACGUUUGAGCAUUGAUAGUGUCUUCUAACUUUUUGUUGUCAAAGUUGUCUCUAAAGGCAGCUCUUAACUUUGUCCAAAAGGGGAUCGAAGUCUGUUCAAGUGUGAUUUGAGCCUGCAAGUAGGCCAAUAAUAGAUCUAAGUCAACCAACAUUGUGUGAUAUCUGAAAUAUAUACCUACUGCUCUCCAGGUAAUUGUACUAGCACAGUUUGUUUUUUUAACUAUUCAAUUACAGGAUUUCUUAGUAUAUCAUAUACGUAUGUAGAGGAUAGCUCACUGAUGAAAUAAGUGAAGCAAGGAAGUAUUGUGGUGCUUUUUUUUAUUUUACUAUGAUGUCACGUUUAGGUUGUCAGGCCAAUUCAUAUCCAUCUUUAUGUAUGUUUGAAUCACUAAUUAUUUAUUACAAAUUAAAUUUCUUAUGAGACUGAGCCUGAAUCGCAAAUGUUGAGGCAUUUUAAGAUCGUGUGACUAGAUUGUUUGACCCACAUAAUGUCCUGAUGUUAAUGUGACCUCCUCAGGUCCUGAAGCAAUAUUAUAAUUUCACUUUGGUCACGUUUUGCAUAAUCAAUGAUCCCAGCCAUUACCAAAAACCAAGACCUUAACUCUAAGGUCAUACAAACAUUAGUUUUGAACAGAAUAUUUGGAAAGACAUUUUCAUACAUGUUUUAUUUACUAUAGGUCAAUUGCAUGUGAUACGUCAUCUUCCCAUCUUUCAAACUGUAUUGCAUGUCUCUCUUAUUCAUCUUUCAUCAAGAAUUAUCAUUUACAUCCUCUCUUCAUUUUGAAUUCUUCAUAUGAUAGAUGUUGGUGACCAACUUCAUGCUUUUGUACACAUGUGAUCAGUUUUGUUUUGAGAAAAAUUUAAGAACAAGUCAAUAUGGUCAAGUAGUUUAAUAAAACAGUGUCAUGAAUUGCUAACUCUGUGACUGCAGUCUGUGUUUAAUUGUUGUAUCAGUUCAUAAUUAAGCCCCUGUUAUCAAACUGAUAAGCUUUUCCCUUCUCACUCAGGCCAGGUUCUCCAUUUGUUAAAAUUGAGCUUGGAUUGAUCCUGGUGUCAUAGAAGUUUAUUGUGGUAGUUAGUAGUUCUUUUGAGUGAGGGAGAACAGCUCAUCAUGUUUCAUUGUGUCGUUGAUCUGUGGUCAGUUAAUGUAAAGAUUAAUUAAUCAAAAAAAGAAAAAAACAUA